UCAUGGUUUGUGUGAAUCAAUCAGCAGACAUACAACCUUUCAGCAAACCAUCACCAUCCACGGUGAAAGGCACAGUUAUGGAGAACAACUCAAAAAAUAAAAGUGGGACACUGAAAAUACUUUGGUACAAUCUGCCGUUUUACUUAAAACCACAUGUGAACGUCUUCAUAUCCAAACCGUGCACGUGUAAGUGCUCAGUUUCCAUUGACGUCCGAGAUCUCGCCAAAAGCGACGUCGUUAUAUUCACACAAUCUUACAUGCCGCAUAAACCUCCCAAAAAAGAGAACCACCAUAUCUGGUGUUUUAACACGAUGGAAAAUCGUGCUUUCACCGGCAACCCAGGACCUCUUUGGCUUGAUAAAUUUGAAUGGAUAAUGUCGUACCGGAGAGAUUCCGAUAUUUCCAGACCUUAUGGAAUGAUAAGAAAGCGUGAGAAACCCGUGAACAGAGACUACUCCAGUGUGUUUAGGAAGAAGACCAAACAAGGGGUAUGGAUGGCCGGUCACUGUCCCGUGCCUUCUAAAAGAAAAUCUUACAUUCAAGAACUGAAAAAGUUUAUGAAGGUCGACAUGUUUGGAACAUGUGGCACGAGACCAUGUAAAACGAGAACGCCAAACGUUGGCCAGUGCAUAAGAAACUUUUCCAGAGAUUAUAAGUUUUAUUUUUCCUUCGAGAACAAUAUAUGUAAAGAUUACACGACAGAGAAAUUGUUCAAUUUUUUCAGUCAUGACGAUUUGAAUAUCAUCCCAGUCGUUAACGGACCACCGAUGGCGAGUGAAUAUCUCCCUAAAGGCACAUUUAUAAAUGCCUUAGAUUUUCCUUCGAUAAAAGAACUGGCCAAGAGGUUAAAACAAAUUUCAUCAAGUGAAACUGCAUAUACCCAAUUUUUGAAGGAAAAGGACAAAUAUUACUCUUUAACAGAACCAGAGGUGUUCCGAGAAGUAAUGUGCAAUAUAUGCGAGAAAAUAAACAGAGGAGGCCGGAAAAUUCCCACAAAACCAAAUUACUGGGAGUUUCAUUUUAAAAAUAGUUGCUGACAAGACAUUGCAUGAAUUAUCAAACAGUAAGAUUGAAUUGAAAACAAUUUGAAUUGCAGAAUUAUUUUAAAAUGCUUAGUGCGGGAUUCCGGUUGUCUAUGAUUAUUGAUUGAUUUUUUUAUUGUUUAACAUCCCGCUCGAGUAUUUUUCACUUAUGGAGACGUCACCAUUGUCGGCGAAGGGCUACAUAAUAUAGAACUAUGUUCGGCGCUUACAGCCUUUGAGCAUAGAUGGAUCUUUAUCGUGCCACACCUGCUGUGACACGGGGUCUCAGUUUUUGUGGUAUCGGCCGAAGGAACACCCCAUUUAGUCGCCUCUUACAACAAGCAAGGAGGUACUGAAGACCCAUUCUAACCCGGAUACUUUUGAACUAGUUUUGUUUAAUUAUGUAGUCUAUCAAUUUCACUCACUUAUUGGUUAUGACAGGGUAUAGAACACUCCACGAUGCAUUUAUCUAUACAGCAUGUGUUAGAUCAAUUAUCUACCGCAAACUAACAACUCAAUUUUAUGACAAGCAGGAUGACUUCAAGUUCUUACACGGAUUUCAACUGUCUCGUUUGAAGUCAGCAUUCCUCAAAGUCUAUAGUCUUUAUGCAACCUGUCACUAGGUCGAAUGCUAUCUGAUGUGUUUCAUACCAAUUGCUAGGCCGUUCUUUACAUACUAAUUUUGACAACGGAUUACUCCGUUUACCUGAUCAAAAUAUAGGGCUCACGGUGAACGUGACCGGUCUAUAGGGGAUGCCCACUUCCUUUAGCCACCUGAUCC